AUGAGACCCUUCUUCGAUUCCGACAUUGUGGUCAAUUUUACCCUUUCGGAAGAAGCAGUACAAAAUGAGAAGAAAAUCAUUGAAAGCAACCGGCGCGUUUUGCGGGAGUGCCAGAAGGAGAAGCUGAUAAGUGAGGGGAAAAAGAACUGGGAUAAGUUUUACCAUCAUUACAAAACCAAUUUUUUUAAAGAUAGGAAGUGGAUAAGGAUCGAGUUCGACCACAUCUUCAGGGGCGAGACGUCCAUAAGUGAAGAGCACACUGGGGAAGGCGCAGCGCAAGUGGGCUGUACGAAGGAGAAGAAGCUCGUACUCGAAAUCGGGUGCGGGGUGGGAAAUACGCUAAUCCCGCUGCUAAUGCAGUACGAGCAUUUGAACUGCGUCGGGGUAGACUUUUCGAAAAAUGCAAUAAAUCUGCUGAAUGAGAAGUGGAGCCGGGUGAUCAGUUUGAACGAGCAGUUGAAGGGAGCGGCGGGCGAGGAGGCAGGCGAGGAGGCAGUCGAAGAGGCAAACAACGGGGUUGGCAACGAGGCAGGUGAAGAUGCGAACAAGGGGGGCGGCGAAGAGGCAAGUAACGGGGUCUGCAACGAGGACAACUCCGAAGGGGAAGACGGCAGCUCCGACAUUUUCGAGCUGAAGCGUUAUAGAAAAAUGGGGAACUUAAUCAAAACGUGCGUAGUGGAUAUGACAGCCCCCGAGGGAGCUUACACCCAGGUGUGCGACGCAGGGACGGUGGACAUCGUUCUGCUCAUUUACGUUUUGUCCUCCGUACAGCCGGAGAAAAUGAAGAAUGUCAUUUACCAUUCGUACAGGUACUUAAAAAGAGGAGGGUACGUUUUGCUACGCGAUUACGGGCUGUACGAUUUGGCACAAGUGAGGUUUGCCAACAAGAAGGAAAAAAAAAUCUCCGAAAAUUUUUACGUUCGGGGGGAUAAAACCUUUGUGUACUUCUUCAAAACGGAGGAACUGCGGAGCCUUUUUUGCGAAAACGGGUUUUUCGAGGAAGUGCAAAAUGGGUACAUCACUAGGAUCGUUAAGAACAGGAAACGGAAUUUGGAGAUGAAGCGAAUUUGGGUGCAGUCCAUUUUUAGGAAGCGCUAAAAGGGGGCGGCGGAUGGGAUAGCGGUGAUGGGGAAUGGCUCUACCUGCGUGUUUUCCCCCACAAAACAGCCUACAUUUUGCGAAUUCACCUGGGCCUCCCCGGAUGGCUAAUCCGUUUAACACGUAGGGGGUAUACACCCAUUUGGGAGGAUAAAAAAAAGGACAGAAUGGCGCACACACGUGUGGAGUUUUUUUUUUUUCAGUAAGUACCCCUUUGAGUAUAUAAAAUGGACAGGAGGACCCUUUUUGUGUUUUUCCAGGUUUUACUCUUAAGCAAUCGCAACGCAUGGUUCCACCAGGUCUCACUUAAGGAGGGGUGGUGAUACAAAAAGGUGCAGUUAAAAUAGGGAGGGAGUCCUCUUUGCAGCGAGUUAAUUUUGCGUUGUCCGCCAGUUUGUGCGUGGCUGCGUAUGCACACUUCUAACACGUCCGUUUUGCCCUGCGUGGAAAGGAAGGAACAGCCACGCGUAGGGACAUAUACACCCCCCCUUUUUUUGUACCGCGUGGGGGAAAAAAUAAGAGACCUUCAAAAUGGACGUUGGUUUAAACCGCGAGGGGAAUGCCGUCCAACAGAUUGGCAUGUAGCGCUCCUUUGACGUACAUUGCGCUGCUAUCCUGUGGGGGCGCCAGGAGGGACGCAGAAAUGGGUGG